AACGGCCCGCUGGGGGUUUUCUCUUCGGAAUUUUUAAAUUGUAUAGUCACUUGUUUGGGAAAAAACUUUGUACUCAGUUCGGACGUAGAUACUAGAGCAUAUAAUUAGGAAUCGGAAUCAGCUUUUUAAAAUUCUGUUGUUUGGUUGCGCUAAAAUUGAGAUUUGAAAUCAGGGGCAUAAUUCCCUAAAAUUGGACUAUAACUAGAAACCACCUCUCUAACACAAAUCCUCACCCUCGGUAAUCGGUAUUACGUGGAAUUAGACCACACAAUUCUAAACUCUAAUUCCAUGACAUCCAAAUAACAUAGAAUUAUUAAAUAUAAUCUAAUUUUAAAACUAACUGUAUAGUUGAGAUAAAUGACAAGACAAAUUUAUUAAGCUUAAUUAGUCCAUGAUUCAACCAUGAGAUGCUACGGUAAAUAUUUGUUAAUCAUAAAUUAAUUAGGUUUAAUAAAUUCGUCUCACCAUUUAGUCUUUAUCUAUGCAAUUAAUUUUUUAAUUAUACUAUAUUCCAUAAUUGAUAUUUAAGCAUCCGAUCUGACAUGAUACAAACUAAACUUUAGUAACAAGAACCAAACAAUGUCCGUUUCUAUGCCAUCCUUAGCAUGUGAGAGCACAUUUUGUACACUCCUAGUCUCCUAUGGAGAAGUUAUUCUAAAAUUGGUGUUUAGCAGGAUAAGCUAUAAGGGGAUAUUCAGUUUUUCUGACUAGGUUUGGUCUAUGUCAUAUCAGAUGUUUUAAUACCAAUUACAAGUAUUAAAUAUAGUAUAAUCAUAAAACUAAUUAUUUAGAUGAAGGCUAAAUAACGAGACCUUUUUUAAGCCUAGUUAAUCUAUAAUUAACAAAUAUUUACUAUAGCACCGCACGAGCGAAUCAUGGGAAAAUUAGUUUAAUAAACUCGUCCUACCAUUUAGUUCUUAUCCGUGUAAUUAGUUUUGUAAGUAAAUUAUAUUUAAUAGUUCUAACUACUAUUCAAACAUUCAUUGUGAUAGGACUAAGAGUGAGCAUCUCUAAUAGUUAUACGAAUUUAGCACCCUAAAAUAUAGAUUUUAAAAGUUGCUAAAACACAUUAAGGAGUAAAACAAUAUUUGUGCUCCAACAAUCAUGUAUUUGUUGGUUGUUAAUUUUUAAAGUUGACGGUAAAAAGGUCUGCUUUAUGUUUUUAAUUGAACUGCCAACAAAAAUCUUUUCUAUUAAAACCUGACCCGUUUGCGCGCCGACGCGUGCGCGGUGUUUCGGACUCGAGGCCUUUCUCCAACUCGCUUUUGAACCUCGGUCGCGUCCACCGGUCUUCGGCUGCUCCCAACCCUGGCCAAGAACUCGCAGCCCUGCCUCCAUCCCGUGGUGGGCGCGGAUGGCGGCGGUGAGCGCCGGCGCAAGGGCGGCCUCGGCGGCGGCGAAGAAGGUCGGCGCGGCGGAGGCGUCGUCCGGGAGGAGGGAGAAGUCCUCGUACCCGCCGGGGCAGCGGAGCGGCGCCGCGUGGACUGGCACGGACGCCGGUGCGAGGGCCGCGAAGUGUGCCGUGGUGACGAUGGCGGCCGUGGUGGUGGCGGCGACCUCGUGCUCUGUACCGGCGGCUGCGGAGGAGGCCGCUUUGGCCGCGAGCGGGGCGAAGUGGCUGCGCUCGAGGAAUGGCACGAAGACGAGGUGGAGAGGCGAGCGGGGCGAGGUGGCUGCGCUUUGUGGUUUCUGUAGUUCUAUAUGCAUUAGGUGGCACUAGGGUCCAGAUUCAGAAUAUGAGUACUGGUAUGUAUUUUCCAUUUUAUAUUUUUUCAGUAUUGCCACUAUAUCUGCAACCUACUCAAUCAUAAAUCAAGAUCUUGCACUUGGUUGCUUCCCCGGUGUGAAGAUGGUCCACAUCAGACUGCAAUCUAAAUUGUUUACUGUGAACUAGAACUUCUGCAUACACAUACGUGGAUUUGUACAUGUACAAAAUCUGCAAUGCCUCAGAUUUUAUGCACCCUCGGCAACUGGCGGAAUCCAAGGUGGCCUGGUAGAAAAGGGGCCUCCACCGCUCAUCUUGUAGGCUACAGCUACAAAUCAGAUAAUAAAACUCUAUUAGAAAAUGCUAGAUGUUGAAGGUAGCGAGAAAGAGAAUCUUGAAGAAGAAAUAGGUGUUUUGAGAAGUCAGUUAUUGCAUAUGAGUAUGGAAGUUGAUGAGGUAAUUGAUACUAUCAUUGUCAAGGAUUUUGCCCCUGGGAAUCUGCUAUUUCUUUUUAUAACUCAUUUUUGUUUCUGACUUGAACAUGCUACCCUAACAUAGUCGGUUUGUUUUCUCUUCAUUCUUAUUUGGUCACAUCAGACAAGAAGUCUUGAUAAAGGAGAUGGACCCAAAAAAAUUUCCUGGUUUAGAUUCAUUGGUGUCCUAGACUCGAGGUUCGCAACCCAGAGAGCAGAGCAAUGGACUGAAGCAACCAAUUGCCAAAUUCUUUGAACAAGAUGCACUAGCACAUUAGACUGCAAGGACGAAAAAUGCUACCUGUCCCACUGUGCUAUCUUUAAGCACUAAGAGGUUGAAGUCUAUGCAUUAUUGCCCCUUUCUGGAUUCUGAUGAUGUUUAAGAUAAGUGUCAGCUUCUGAUCACUUGACUACUUUAUUGGUACUCAUACCUGUUAAAAAGCUUACUGCAAAAUGUUGUCGUGA